GAGGCAAAUGAAGCUGCUGCGUUGCAGAAGAACAUCCAAAAUUGUUGCGCUACAGAAGAGUAAAUAAAACGCAAGGAGUGACUUGAAAGUGUCUUACUGAGGGGAGGAGGAGGAGCCUGCGUGUUUGAGCUCCUGCACAAUCACAGACAACAUCACUUCCCCUCUUCUUGUUUGCUGCUCGGCUGCUCCCCUUAUCCCCGGGCUAGGAUGAACGACAUUCAGGAGGCCACCUCCCCUGCCACCAGCCUCGGCGGUCCGGCGACCUGCGUCUCCAAAGUGGAGCUGCGAGUGUCUUGUAAAGCUCUACUGGACCGAGACACUCUCAAUAAGUCCGACCCUUGUGUGAUCCUCAUGGCCCAAACCAGCGGACAGUGGACGGAGUUGGACAGGACAGAAGUAAUCAAGAGCAACUUGCACCCAGUCUUCGCCAAGGUUUUCUCCUUGGACUAUUACUUUGAAGAAGUUCAGAAGCUGCGCUUUGAAGUGUACGACAUCCACGGUACUCAUAGCAUCGGGACGCGUGAUGACGACUUCCUGGGUGGCGUGGAGUGUACGCUUGGCCAGAUUGUCGCCCAAAAGAGGAUGGUGAAGCCUCUACUUCUCAAGUAUGGAAAAUAUGCUGGCAAGUCCACUAUCACGGUGCAUGCGGAGGAAAUUUCCGGCAACAAUGGCUAUGUGGAACUGUCCUUCUGUGCCAAGAAACUUGACGAUAAGGACCUUUUCAGCAAGUCCGACCCCUUUCUGGAAAUCUAUCGUAUCAAUGAUGAUGAAACAGAGCAGCUUGUUCACAGAACGGAGGUCAUUAAAAACAACCUGAACCCUGUUUGGGAGCCUUUCAAGGUGUCUCUUAUAUCCCUCUGCAGCUGUGAUGAGGAACGGAAGCUCAAGUGCUUGGUGUGGGAUUACGACUCCAGAGGGAAGCACGACUUCAUUGGCGAGUUCUACGCUACUUUCAAGGAAAUGCAGAAAAUCUCCAGUGGAAAUAAGGUGACGUGGGACUGUGUUAAUCCCAAAUACAAACAGAAGAAAAGGAAUUAUAAAAACUCAGGCGUUGUCAUCCUAAGUGAUCUCAAGCUCCACAGAGUGUACUCCUUCUUGGAUUACAUUAUGGGAGGAUGCCAGAUUCACUUUACGGUUGCCAUUGACUUCACAGCUUCCAAUGGAGACCCCAGGAACAGCUGCUCUUUGCAUUACAUCAACCCCUACCAGCCCAACGAGUACCUGAAGGCUCUCAUAGCUGUGGGCGAAAUCUGCCAAGACUACGAUAGUGAUAAAAGAUUUUCAGCUUUAGGGUUUGGUGCCAGAAUCCCUCCAAAUUACGAGGUGUCUCAUGACUUUGCUAUCAACUUCAGUCCAGAAGAUGAUGAAUGUGAAGAGAUCCAAGGAGUGGUUGAGGCAUACCAGAACUGCCUUCCUAAAAUCCAGCUGUACGGCCCCACCAACGUUUCCCCCAUCAUUAACAGGAUAGCCAAGUUGUCAGCCGGCGACGGCAACAUUAAAGACGCUUCUCGCUACCACAUCCUGCUCAUCCUUACGGAUGGCGUGGUGACGGAUAUGGCGGACACACGUGAAGCCAUUGUGCGUGCCUCCUAUCAGCCUCUCUCCAUAAUUAUCGUUGGCGUCGGCAAUGCAGACUUCACAGACAUGCAGAUCUUGGAUGGAGAUGACGGUGUUCUACGCUCACCGAAGGGCGAGCCGGUCCUUAGGGACAUUGUGCAAUUUGUGCCCUUCAGGGAUUUCAAGACGGCUUCACCGGCAGCCUUGGCCAAGUGUGUCCUGGCAGAGGUACCCAAGCAGGUGGUGGAGUACUACAGUCAUAAGGUCAUCCCCCCUAUGUGCCCAGUGAGGGACCUGUCCACGCCCAUCCUCAGCCCGGUUGCCACCAGCCCAACAGAAUAACUACACUAAACCCAUCCUGGGGACCAAGCUGUGACCGCAGCACCUGUCCAGCAAACACAUCAUUCUUUGAGGAUGAGACAGUCUUAAACAUCUUGUUAGCCAUCUAUUCCACUUCUACAAAAAGCAUUCUGGACAACUCACCAGGAAGUGAAAGUUAUGUUUCUCUGCUCAGUGUGGAUUCAGCACAUCUCCCUGGCUUUUGCAAACAAACCAUCCCAGCUGUAUCAGCAUCUGAAGGAUUACAUUUAUUUGCCUUGACUUUGUGCAUGCCAGCCAAUCUGUCACCAUUAAUCACAGACAGAGGAUUGAUGUUCUUCACUGGCUUGGAUAUUGAGCCUCUUAUUUCCGUCUUAUUUGUAGUAUCUGUUGAACAAUGUAUUGCAAAGAAACAAGCAAUCGGGUUCCGAUAAACUCAUCACAAUUGUGGGUUUGACACAUUAAUUUGUUAUCACGUGGUUGUUAUGCAUUUAGGAGCAGAGUGUAUUAAUCACAUUUCUAUGACGAUGACAGGGUUUCAGUUGCUCUGUUUCAAAUUAUUCUCUAUUUACUGAGUCUCUCUUUUUUUUAACAGACAUCAAGAGGUAAAUAAUAAGAGAUUCAAUUUCUAUCCCUGAAGGAGUUUGCGAUGGCACCAAUUUAAUCAUGUGCAACCUUGCAACUUUGUCCAAUACCCGUAAUUUUCUCACAUAAUUUGUCCAAAGGAAUUAUUUUCUGAGUAGCGCUCCAACGCACACGUCAACUGUCUAAUCAAAUCUUACGUUUGUUUCUUGAGUGGAUGAAGCAGGAACAACAACUUUUAACAAUACUCACACCUCAACACUCUUUAUUGCUUAAAUGAUACAAGUAUAGGUCAAACAUACUUCCUAAUAUAUAUAUAUAUAUAUAUAUAUAUAUAUAUAUAUAUAUAUAUUGACAAAUAUGUUGAAGUGUGAUGAUAAUCGUAUUUGUAUCUUAUUUACCAACAGAAAAAUAGCGCUAUAGAUAACUAUCAACAGUUCACAAAUGCUAUAAGAUGCAGGGAUAAAUGUGUUGGAACACACUGUUAAAGUUUUUUUUUAAGAUGAAAAAACAAUGUUUAAGUGUAAAUAAUACAAGGAGAAUGUCUGCAACUUGUGGAUGACAGCGCAGACAGCGGACAAUAAGGAAGCUUUGGAGGUGUCUCUAUCUGUAUUAUAAUUAAUUAUUCCUGGAAGUUUAAUUAAAACAGUACAAUAAUUUGAUAGUUAUUUGCUUGUACUGCCAUCACCCAGACUUAUAAUAUAUCUAUAUUCUUAUAGACUUAUAUAAAAAGAGUAAAACACACAUUUGUUUUAAAUUUUUUUGUUGAAAUCCUUUGCUUUUUUAGGUUAAGAAACUCUUAAAACAUUCAUCCAGCCACCCAUUUGCUACUGCUUGUCCCUUUUUGGGGUCACGGGGGAGGGGAGCUGGAACCUAUCACAGCUGUACUCCGGCGGAAGGCAGUGUACACCCUGAACAAGUCGCCACUUCACUCUUACAACACUGAUAGCAUUGUUUUCAAAUCACAAGUUUAUUCGAUGUUAUAUAAAGAAAGACUUACAACAUUACAGUCUUGUAUGUGAAAUCCUGGAGAGACUGCAAUUUUAUAUUUUUGGUAAACUUUGUGACUGGUUUGAUGCAGUGGCCUGAAACACACCAUCUUCCGGGCGAGACCAAUCCAAAUAUGAUUUUUUAGAUUAUUUGCCCAAAUAUCAAGUGUGAAAUUACACAACUGGGUAAUUUUGGUUUGAGCUGAUGUCAGAAAAUAUGUCUUUUAGCAAAGCCAUUUGGGUCCACUUGGAAUAAGACCACUCUCUCUUCCCUUCCUUUCUCCCAUGUUCUUCGUUCACGGCAUACUACACAGGACCACUCAAUGUCAAAGCCAAAAUCAAAGGCAGAGUUGCAGUAUUAUUGUCACACACAUCAUUACACAACUCAGCAACACAGAAUUAAGGAUUGUUAGUCGUUCUUGUUGUGUCCCCUGACCAGAAAGCUCCGUAGACUGAACCAAGGCUGAGGUUUAUAAAGUCUUGCCUUCAGGGCCAAUGCCUUUCAUUUACUUUCCUACACGUUCCUCUGUAGAAACAAGACUUGCACUAUAGUUUUAUGGGUGAAACCUUUGUUUGAACAUACGACAUGCUUACUGUAUCGCUCACCGAUGACUCAAUAUGGCCAGCCUGAACAGUUAUUUCAUUUGCAUAAGACAUAACAGCCCUCCAAAACCUACUGUUUGGGACUGGGCUGUUUAGAAGGGGUUGUUUAAUUCUUGAUGCUUGAGGCGGAGCCAUGUUAUUAAGAAACCUCAGAACUGAUUUUAUCUGUGAAAAAAUGUAUGUCUCCUUUAAAGAGGUCAUAUGACUUUUUUCUACAUUUAAAACACUUUCUUGUAUUCUAUAUAACUUGCAAUGGUGGUUUUUUGGUCAAAAUUGUGCAUAGAUUAUGUUUUACAGACCGUCUUCAAACCGCUUUCGGACGUCUCUUCAGGAUGCGCCAUUUUGUGGUCGGUCUUAUUUACGUGCCUCCACUUUGACAGUGUAUUAUCCCCGUCAGCCAUGUUUUAGUUUUUAGUGCUUCCAUAACGACUCUUUCGACAGAUAUAAGUUAGAACUAUACACUACUUUGUAAUAGAAAUGGCAACAGCUGAGGAGGCAUGUGCAUGUACGAGCCAGUCUGCUCCACAACAAGAAUAUAGAGAAAAAUAAACAUUUUAUUCAGUACAGCGUGGACUACUACAUUGGACUAAUGCAAACCUCAUCGGGUAAAUAUUUACCAUAUGUGGAAAUGUUCGCUGACCUCACCAAUAAAUAAAAAAAAACGGCACAAAAAUGGCUCGAUUGGAGGAAGUAUGAAGGAAGGCAAGAUUGUUUUAUAAAUAGCUCCACAAUGCCUCCAUUGUUUGAUUUCAAAUUCCAGGACUUAUGCUUAUCUCAAAUACACAAAAACAAGUACCAAUAGGUAAGAAAAGUUUUUUUUUUGCAAAAUAACUCCCCUUAAAAGCGUGUUUCUAGGGUGUUGCAUUGAAGCAAAAGUGACAAAUGUAUUUUGUGACACAAUCUGUGGAAAAAAGGUGGAAAGGCAAUGAUAUAAUCGAGUGUAUGAUAGGUUUUCAAUUGUCUCUAAUACGGAUGUAUUAUAGAUCCUUCAGAACUGUCCAGAAUUACUCCCUCAUCAACAUCUGCCAUACAUGUCCUUAUUUUGAAGGUAUUUUUAAAGUUUCAGAGAUGUACCGAAAGCACACCAUUAAGCAGCAGCAUAAACACAAUCAGGAAAUGUUAAUGCAUUGUAGGGUAAAUAUAUUGUGUGCCUAUAAGUAAAAGGGUAAGACAAACAAAGGGAUUUAGUGUAGUACAUUUUCAAACAAUAUAAGAGUAUUCAUUCACACCUUGAUUAAAAGGCUGCCACCAAGGUGCCAGGCUGCUCACCAUGAGCAGUUUGAGGCCAAAAAUGCAAUGCUGCAGACUAUGUGGCUCCCUGGGAUUGAACCAGAAACUCUGAUUACAACAUGACAUGUAUACCCCCUCAACCAUAACGCACAAAAGGUGAAAUGUGCUUGGAUCAUUCAACAUUUUUCACUUUCAAAAGGAUUCAUCUUGGGCUUAAAAUGUGUUUUGUCUCUUGUGAAAUGAAUUAUUUUGCUACCCAAAUUGAAUCUCUGUUUGCUGUAUUUUGCAUUACAAUAUGAGAUAGCCUCCGUUAAUGAUAGUCAUUUUGUUUCUUUUAUGCACGUAUACAAUUCACAAUGACAAGAUGUAUUAGUAUUUUGUACAAAGAGUAAAGCAUAAAUAUGUGGAAAAUGUAUAUUUACCUGAUUUUUUAGUUGCCCUUUGUAAUGCAAUGUAUCAUACUUGGUAGCGUAUUUACACCAUAUACACAUUAUAAAAUAUUAUUAUCAUUAACAAACAGAAUGUUAUAAUCCUAAAUAAAGAUAAUAAAGUGCGGGGCAAAUGCACUGCAAUGUCCUAAAGACACAAAAACACCAACAUGCACUUGAAACACGCAGAAUUGUCCAAAACACACACAAACUGCCAAAACACAUGCAAUUUCACAAAACACAACACACAAGUGCAACAAUAUCCAAAACACGCAGAACCCCCCAAAACACAUGCCACUUGAAAUUCAGGAAAAGCCAGCAGACAAACGAUAAAACUGUGAGUUAGUGUACCACUAAGAAACAAGUCCCAGAUAUAUUAAUACGUAGAUGCUGUCGUCCAUUGGAACAAUGUGUCAAUGUGGCUGCUGUCUUGAGCAGGGGGAAGCCGUGUUUAUUUACUGCAUUAGUCAACUGAGACAGAGGUUGAUAAUAAUGAUCAACAUUUUGGUGCCAGUAACGUAUUUGAAAAUUCAAAUAACAUCCCAUUCCAAAUGAGAAAGGUUUUACACCGCUACCGAAAGAAAAAAAUGAGUCAGACAAAUAUUUCUUCCAGAAUUGUAUAGCUUUUUGGAAUGAGAGAGGAGGGAGGGGAGUCAUUUGUGCAAAAUGUGGACAUGACAUAAGCAUUGGGUAAUGCAGUUAAUACAACUUAAAUCAUAGAAUAAACCCGUUUGGAGUGUAACCUUUUGACCAAAAGACAAAUACAACAUAGAUUAAUGAUAAUCGCCCAACAUCACAGCAAUUUUUGUCCUAUUCAUGAGAAGUUUGGAGAUAUUCCCAGCAAGACCCAGAACACAUACAGGGCCAAACAAGUGUAUUUUCUUAGGACAAAAAACAGACCACUGCAGUGAAGACAAAGCCACACACACAAACUUUUAAACUCAAAUAGUGAUUUUAGACAAGAGAUUACUAAAAUAUUAAUUUUGCCUCCACAUCCUGCUUGACAAGCCUGUAGGCGGCAUCUAAAUAUUCAUAUGUUUAAAUAAGCUCUACCAGUGGUGAUAUAGGGAUUUAAAAAAAACUGAAUAAAGUAAGCGUAGUGAAAAGGUACAUUUUAUGUAUCUAUUAUACUAUAUUUAAACAAUAUUAUAGAGCUACCAAUUUAUUGAGUUGUAUUUUCCCCGUAUUGCAUGUGUUUUAGGACAGUGGUACUCAUCCUUUUUUCAGUGAUGCACCCCCUGUUAACAUUUUUGUAAUUCAAGUACCCCCUAAUCAGAGCAAAGCAUUUUUGGUUGAAAAAAAGAGAUAAAGAAGUAAAAUACAUCACUAUGUCAUCAGUUUCUGAUUUAUUAAAUUGUACAACAGUGCAAAAUAUUUGUCAUUUGCAGUGGUCUUUCUUGAACUAUUUGGAAAAAAAUAUAUAAAAAUAAUUAAAAACCUGUUGAAAAAUAAACAAGUGAUUCUAUUAUAUAUUAAAUAAAGAUUUUUACACACAGAAGUAACCAUCAACUUAAAGUGCCCACUUUGGGAAUUGUAAUAGAGAUCCAUCUGGAUUCAUGAAUUUAAUUCUAAGCAUUUCUUCACAAAAAAAUAAAUCUUUAACAUCAAUAUUUAUGGAACAUGUCCACAAAAAAUCCAACUGUCAACACUGAAUAUUGCAUUGUUGUAUUUUUGUUCACAGUUUAUGAACUUGCAUUCAUAUUUUGUUGUAGUAUUAUUCAAUAAAUAUAUUUAUAAAGGA